AAAAACAACAAAAAAAAAUGAAAAAAUUAUUAUUAAUAAUCACCAUUGUAAUGGUGAUAACCGAAUCAUUUGUCGAUUGUUAUGCAGCCAUACCAAGAAUGCCACAAUUUGGUUUAAGAAUUCCACGUGCGCCUAGAUUUUUACCACCAUUUGGAUCAUCACCAAAUCUAAUGACACAAGCAUCACAAAUGAGACCAUUAUCAUCAUCAAUGAUGAUGGGUCCAAAUAUUGGACCAAAUCAUCAUCAUCUUGGUGUUGGCGGUGGUCCAAUGUCGCAACCAGGUUUAUUUCCAUCACCACAUCAUAUGCCACAGAAUUUGAUGCCAUUUCCAGGAAUGAUGAAACAAGGACCACCAUCUAUAGAUUCAAUGAUACGAUCACCACAUCAUCCAAUGAGUGGACCAAUAUUUGGACAAAUGCACAACAUGCAUCAUCAUCAUCCACAAGCAUCGCAUCCACCACCAUCAUAUCAUUCAAAACCAUCAUUUUAUCAGAAUAAACCAGAUGAUUGUCCAUUCCCAGGUUGUGAAAUGGAACCCGCUUACAAUGGAGAACCGGCCGUUCCUCAACAACAACACUCAUCACCAUUUUCUAAUAAUGAUUCGCCAAUGAUUCCAUCAUUAACUGCGCCAGAUACUAUUGGUCAAUUAGAUUUCCAAUCAAGACCACCACAUCAUCAGGAACAAUUUGGUGGAUCCAGACCGUCGUUAAUAAUGCCACCACAACAUCAACAACAAGUAAAAGUUGUUUAUAAACCAGUAGUCAAAUUGGUUAAAAUUCCAGUUGAAGUUCCAGUAAAAGUUAAACAACCAUAUCCGGUUAAAGUUCCAGUACCGGUACAAGUACCAUUUCCAGUCAAAGUUAUUCAACGUGAAAAAAUUAUGUUUCCAAUUGCCGUACCAUUCAAUAGUCAAGUAUUGCCGGUAGCAGCAUUGGUUCCAAAAUCUCAAGGUAUCAAUCAAGACCAGCAACAACAACAACAACAGCAACAAAUACCCCAGCAACAACAACAACAACAACAAUAUCAACCGCAACAACCGAUGUUGAAACAACCACAAGCACAAUCACAAUAUCAUGGACCAGGUGAUUAUCAAAAGAAAUUAAUCCAAGUUAAUGAAAACGGUGAACCAUAUGGAUCCCAACAACAACAAUCAGCUAUUCAACAAAAUAUUCACCCAAUCAAUUUGGAUGAAAAUAGAUUCCAAAAUCAUCAACAACAACAAUUCUAUUAUGGUAAUCAAGAUCAUCAACAACAAGAGCAGCAACAAGGAAAUAACCAACAACAACAACAAUAUCAACAACAACAAGGAAAUAAUCAACAGCAACAACAAUAUCGUCCACAACAACAACAACAAAAAUUUCGACAAGAAAUUGUUCAUGUAGAAGGACCAAAUUAUCGUGGUAUCAGUGAUAUUAGUUUUGGUGGACAACAACAGCAACAACAACAACAACGAAAUAAUGACAACAACAACAAUAAUUAUGAUAAUCAUCAACAACAACAGCAACCACAAGGUUAUAGCGGCUAUGGUUAUUCAUCAAUGAAUUCAGAUUCACAAUCAAAUUACAACAACAAUAACAACAAUGAUAAUCGAGGUCCAUCAACUAUUGGACAAAUGGUACAACAACAACAAAAUUAUAACCAACAACAACAAAAUUGGGCACAAUCAAAUCAACAACAACAAAAACCAAAUUUUAUUGUACCACCAUUUGAUAGAAAUUUUAUUGAAAAUUAUCGUGAACGAGAACAAGAGCCAGAAUAUUUGAUGCGAUUCCUUACAAAUACGCAACCGCAAUCGCAACAACAAUCAUCAAAUUAUGGUAAUGAAAAUAAUAAUAAUGUAGCGCCAUAUAGCAGAAAUAAUAAUAAUAAUAAUCCGCCAAUCUAUAAUGAUAAUGGUGAAAAUUCAUUUAUCAAUAUUGAUCGUGGUAUGGCAGGAUGGUCACCAAUACGAUUAUCACCAUCAUCACAUCAGAUGGCUGAAUCAAGAAUAUCACAUGAUAAUCAUCAUGAUAAUAUUGAUGAUAGCGAAAGAGAAUCUGUUGAUAGUUUUUUACAAGAUCGUAUUGAUAAUGAUGUUAAUGGAUUUGAAUACGAUUCAGCAAGUCAUAUCGAUUCAAUUCAUCGGCCAGUAUCGAUUGAAACACCAUAUGUAACUGGUAAUCUAAUACGAUCACCAAUGUAUAUGAGUAAAUUUCAAAAACGAUCAUAAUUUACGAUCACCAAAUAGAUCAAUUUAAUAUAAUGCCUUUCAAGCCAACAAAAAGCGAAAUUCUUCUCUUCCCUAAUCAUCAUUAUCAUUAUCAUUCUG